AUCUAGUUUCUGAAUCUAAUAUAUCCAAUUUUAGUGAUGUCUAGGACAUAUAUAAAUCAUGUAUUCCGGAUGAUUUUUGGAUGUAAUUAAAGAAUUAAGGGUUAGUGGGAGAGUCUACAAAGAAAAAGAGGUGAAAAAUUAACCCCAUUCCAAUGCUGACCUUUGAAAUGAAAUACCAUUCCCUCCUAUGCUCUGCUUUCCCUUUUCUGUUUCUACUUUGUUCUAUACUACUCUCUACUUUUCCUUAAUUCUUAAGUCUCUCCUUCCUUCCCCUCCUCCUCCUUCUUCGCGUUCCUUCUCCAUAUACCAAAUCAAAGGACUUCACAGUUUUGAGCUCCAAGAAAAACCUUAAAUCUUAGCUCUCUACUGGCUUCUCCAAUGGCGGAUUACUACACAAACUAUUACUACAACAACGCUGCCGUGAAGCAGCAGAAUCAAAACAGAGUCUACUCACACUUCUUUUACAAGGCGCUGAUCGUCUCAAUCUUCAUGUUCAUACUGCCUCUCCUCCCUUCCCAGGCCCCGGAAUUCCUCACCCACACCCUCGACACUCGCGGCUGGGAAUUCCUCCACCUCGUCUUCGUCGGCAUCGCCGUCUCCUACGGCCUUUUCAGCCGCCGACGCAACGACGACGACGCCGCCUAUUGCAACGCCGAUCGGAAAGAAACCGCCACCUCUAAUAACAACAAGUUUGACGUUGCGCAAUCCUACGUCUCCAGGUUCCUCCCUGUAUCGUCGGUCUUCGACGACGACGUGAUCGGCGGCGGCGACGGUGCGGAGACGGCCACCAGAGUGCAGACGUGGAGCAGCCGGUACUUGCGGAACGAGCCUGUUGUCGUCGUCGCCGAUGACGACGAGGGAGAAGGAGAAGAACGGAGCAAGUUGAUUCGGGGCGAGAAGCCGCUGCUCCUGCCGAUUAGGAGCUUGAAAUCGGCGGAAUCGGACGGCGGUUCUGUGGCUAGGUCUUCUCCCGCGGGGAAUUCGAAGAGGUUUUCGGGAGCUAAUAAGGUCGUUGAUCGAAGCGAAGUGGAUUUCGGAGACGAAUCGAAGGCUAGCGUCGUGCUUCCUUCUCCAAUUCCAUGGAGAUCCAGAUCAGGAAAAUUCGAAUUCAAAAAAUCCUCCCCGGAUCUGACGGUUGCAGUUGCUUCUACUCCUCCACCCCCGCCGCCGCCUCCUCCACCAGCUCCGCCAGCGACGGUCUCCAGAUCGACGAAGCGGUCCAAUUCUCCUGCCGCGGGAUCUGAUUCUCCGAUUUUCUCCGAGGUACAAGCCAAGAGUGCGGAGGAUUUCGUCAGGAAGAGAACCGUCUACCGCUCUCCUCCUCCACCGCCUCCACCACCACCGCGGCCGUCCGCGGUGACGAAAUCAACCUCGACGAGACCGGCCUCCGCCACCGCUGAUUACGGCCGGGAUUCUCCUGUCAAGCAACUGAAUCGAAGCUUCACAAACGAAAUGAAGACAAUCAGAAACGAAGAACUGCACGCAGCGGCGAGCAAUAUCAUUGACCAGCCGAAUUUCUUGGAGUUUCCGGCGGCUUCGGAGAAUGAAAGGGUGGAGAAGCUGGUGAUGGAGGACGAGGAUUCGUCGGAGACUGAGUACGAGGAAGAGGAAAAUGACAAGGUGGCUUCGCUGGCUGCUGAUGGUGGCGGCGGUGGUGGUGAGAGCGGCAACGACGACGGGGGAGGUGGUGGUGGUGGUGGUGGAGGGCCGCCGGACGUGGACAAGAAAGCGGACGAGUUCAUAGCGAAAUUCAGGGAGCAGAUUCGGCUUCAGAGAAUAGAGUCGAUCAAGAGAUGCAGCGCCGCUUCUCAGGUCAGGAAAAUUCGUUCUUUCAGGUGAUCCAUAGAUAUAUAUAGAUAUAUAAUUAAAAAAACGUCCCAGUGGCGGGAAAAUUGGGAAUUGACUCUCUCUUUGUUUUGAUUUAUAUGGAUGAUGAUUAAUGUAACAUACCAAGUUUCUGUUUAAGCUUGCAUGUGUAUGUAUGUACGUAUACUCAAAUACACAAUGGGAGGUUAAACCCUUGUGAUAUGGGAAAUCAAAGGCUCUGAAUUGGAGAAAGACUACUUUACUUUCUCCAGCCUUCCAUUUUUCCUCUUUUAGUCUUCUAGGUAUUCAAUGAGAAGCUUCCCUAAUAACAAUGGAAUUUUGUUGAUUUGAAUGCAUAGGUUUUUUUAUAUGGUGUUUGAACGAGAGUAUGUGACGUAUAAGAUUUCGUAAUAAAAUAUUUUAAAUUUUGCCUUCUUCAGUAAUGGAGUUGAUAAGAACCAACGACAUGAAAUGAUCGGCAUAAUCAGAAUUAGCAAAUUAUAUUUCAUCCGUCAAAAUAAUGUUGGCUAUUGAAGAUAUCAAUUACUCAAUAUGUCUAGUGAAACUGGAAUGUAUUGUGGAAUGCAUAAUUAUAUGCUUAACUCUCGUUCAUUGGACUCGACAAGUCAAUAGAUUUUGUGUAACCAUACCUAGUUCGGUUCGGAAUUGUUAGGAGAGCGACUAUACUUGUUUCUCUUGACUUCAUAAAUGUAACAAAUGUAAGGAGAUAUAGCACCGGUGAGUGCAAAGAGUUUACAAUAGUGUGUGGGUAUAUGUACUCUAUAGUUUAGGACAAUUAGUGGUUGUGCCAUUUAAAUCGUUGUUUAGAGGUUAAAAAAAAUGCAUCAGUCAGUUGUAUUGUUGCAAGAUAGAGAGAUUAUUUUGUUACUAUACGACAUAGGCGAAAGCAUAUGCUAUUCUUAGUGCAGCUUCUCUGGCGGCUAAGGAGACUGUUCUAGGAAUCACUGUUUUUUUUUUUUUUUUAAUACCACUGUUCUUCUAGCCUUGACAAUUUUGGACAAUUUUGGACCAACAAGAGAUUGAUCUAGUUGCAAUAUCACUUGUUUUGAUCCUGGAGGUCCCAAGUUCAAAUCUCUUUAAUAGCACCUAAUAACAAAAAGUAAUUUAUAUCAUCCUUAUAUAAAAAAUGUCGCCACUUUUAGCGCGUAUUGUUCCCAUUCUCCAUGCUGCUCCUUGGAUCUCUGUUGUAUUUGUGCCACGACAAUUCAACUCAUUGACAGAUUGGUUUGCGCGAAAUGCUCGUAAGAAAAGCCUUCCGAAAGAAUGGAUGCGACUUCUUUUACUUGGGUCUUGGGCUACUGUGAGAUCGAACAAUCCCUUCUUGGACUGCCAAGUCCUUGGACUUGGCUUGUGGGCCUACAAGGUACCUGAAACUCGUUUUUACCCCUAGGGGUAGGGGCUAGGGGUGUUUAAACGAUGUGGUUAUCGUGAUAACCGUUUUAAUCAGUAGUCUUUGGUUAAUUUGGUUUGGUUAACUUUGAUAAUUGGUUUGGUUUGGUUUAAAAAUUUAGCUUGUUUGGUUUAAGUGGUUUGGUUUGAUUUCAGACACUGCUAACUAAUCAAAUCAAAUUAACCAGUUAAGUAAUUAAUCAUAUAUCUAAUUAUAUAUUAUAUACACAUACUUAAUGUUGUAUAUAACCACUCAAGAGCCAAACAUUCCUACAUUUAGUCCCAUCAAUAAUAAAGCUCAAUAUUGUUCAUAUACUGUAUAUUUGUAUUUGUAGAGUGUAGACCAUGAUAUAUGAACACCCAGUUUAUAUAAAACUCAUACAAUAUAUUAGAUGAAAACAUGAAAGGAAUGUCUUUUUCAACCUAUGAUAAUUGCCAAGAGACUAAUUCAAUUCACACAAUCACAACAAUUAAUUAACUCCAUAUACUAUUGACAUAUAUUUUUGUUAGAUAAAUACUUAUAUUGACUAUAAGAUAAUUGUAUUAGUUACAUGUAUUUCUAUAGCUGAUUACUAUAACUAUGUGUUCAUUGUAAUAUUUUAUUCAUCAUAUAAAUUGUGAAUUGAUGCAUUAACCGAAAAUUUUCUCACUCAAUGGUAAUGUGAUGUUAUUUUGGUUAAUCUAGUUAAUCAAUUAACCAAACUGCUUUAACUUUAGUUUGGUUAAUUUGGAUGUUGUAUUAGUUUGAACAGGUUGAUUAUGAUAUUAUUCUAUGGUUAAUAUAAUUUUUACUUGUUUGAUUUGGUAAUUAUCAUGUUAACCAUUUGAACACCCCUACUUACCCCAUCUUUUUCAAUUCCACCAGCAAAAUUCAUCUUAAUUCCUACAUUUCCCGAUCCAAUUUUUUAUUUUCCUCAAAUACACCAAAAACACGACCAUUAUGAGUGGGUUGUGAUUUGUGAAUGCCGCUCCGUAGCGAUAAGGGCCUCUACGUCGAUUGUGCCGCUCACCUGAGAUCUCCUUCAGCUCGACUUCUCGGCUGUGAGGAUGUUCAAACGGCUGCCACAUGAACAUUAUUCUAUGGAUUGUCUAUUUAUUUUCUUGUUUUGCAGGUGCCACUGAUGAUGGAUGGGAUUAGGUGGGGUUAGGACCGUGAUAACUAACAAAAAUCACUACGGAUUAUUAUAAAAUCAAUACAACAUCUAAGCUAAAUCACUACUAAUUCAAACUAGUAGUAGUUUUUCCCUUGGUUAGGACGGUGCUAACUAUUGUACAAUUAGCACCGUAGCCGUUCCCCACUGAUGAUCCUUUGUAUCCGUUAAACGAUUUAUUGCAUUUUAUGGUCAUAGUCCGAGUUUUUAUGUUUUGGUUUGCAGGGAUGCUUCUUCAACUAUUGAAUUCUCCAGGCCUUUCCUUGGCCGCUCACGGUGACUUUCUAGAAAGAGCCUUGGGAGUUAACAGUCCAUUUGGCUGGCGUUUUCAUCCUUUUUAGUGUUUAUUUUCACUUUAUUCCUGAGAACUAAUAUAACUGCCCAUUUAGUGGCUAAAAUGACUCUUUCAUCAGCACAUUAAUUAGUUGACUGUCACAUUUGAUUAAUUGUUAUUCUCUAUCUAUUUGUUACCACUAUCUAUGCCAAAAAAAAACUUGUUUGCUUUUGCAUCGUAGGUUCGAUAAUUUUUUUUCAAUAGAUUCCUCAACACGCGAGGUAAAAGUCAGUAAUACAGAUACGAAGAGACCGAAAAUAGUUCCUUAACGAAUACGAAGCCAAGAAACUCAAUCAAUACCCCCAUAGACAAGCAGGUGAUAAAAACAUAGGCUUUCGGGCUACGUAAUGAGCCACUCUGUUACAAUUGCGACCGAUGAACCGAAGCGGAACAUAUUGAAGGAGGAGAGUAGAAUACACCCACGCAGAAUGCAGACCCUUUGGACGGCCUGGCUAGUGGAGCGGACAUAGGCCCAGAGGCAGCCCAUGAAUGGCCGGGCUUACACACUUGAGCUUUGGGCCAGAUGCAACCUUCACAAACAGGCUUAAACAUCCCAUAUUUAUAACUUAGAACGCAAGUUAGUUUUUCCAUUCAUAUUUGACGUUGAACUUCCCAAAUUAAUUUGCCAUAAAAAAGCUCAUAAAUUAAUGCAUUACUAUCUAUUGACCGCACCUAACAAUCUACGUCAGCCUGAUAAUAAGCCGACUCCUUAUCCUGCAUGAACAUGGUCGGUCGGCAAAUGAAGACAACAUUGAAUU